UGCGGGCGCUUGCCCGGCGUGUCCCGGGGCUCGUUCUCGGCUCCGCUCCUAUGUGGGUUGCGGCCGCCGCGCUCGCAGUACCGUGGGCCCUGGCGGGCGGCCCCUCCGGGCAGCGGGUCGCGUCCCUGCGAGCGCGCCCCGGCCCCGCCGGCGCUGCCCCGGAGCGCCAUGAGCUCGGAGCCGCCCCGCGCCUCCUUACUCCGCGCUCUCUUUAAGAUGGAGCCGGCGGCGGCCGCCUCCGAAGUGCUGGGGGGAGCCUCGGAGUUCGUGAAAGAUCGGUUGUACUUCGCUACUUUACGAACUAAACCGAAAAGUACCGUAAAUACCCACUACUUCUGUACCGAUGAGGAGCUGGUCUAUGAAAAUUUCUAUGGAGAUUUUGGACCCUUAAAUUUGGCAAUGUUAUACAGAUACUGCUGUAAACUAAAUAAGAAAUUAAAGUAUUUCAGUCUCUCAAGAAAGAAGAUUGUGUACUACACCAGUUUUGACCAGCGGAAGCGAGCGAAUGCAGCGUUUUUAAUAGGCUCAUAUGCUGUCAUAUACUUGAAGAAAACACCAGAAGAAGCUUACAGGAUGCUUUUAUCUGGAUCUAAUCCGCCAUAUCUUCCAUUUAGGGAUGCUUCAUUUGGGAACUGCACAUACAAUCUUACGAUCUUGGACUGUUUACAGGGAGUAAAUAAGGCCUUGCAGCAUGGAUUUUUUGACUUUAAGACAUUUGAUGUGGAUGAAUAUGAGCACUAUGAGCGAGUGGAAAAUGGUGACUUCAACUGGAUUAUUCCAGGAAAGUUUUUGGCUUUUAGUGGACCACACCCAAAAAGCAAACUUGAAAAUGGUUAUCCUCUUCAUGCACCUGAAGCCUACUUUCCUUAUUUCAAGAAGCAUAAUGUCACAUCAAUCAUAAGACUAAACAAAAAAAUUUAUGAGGCAAAACGCUUUACUGAAGCUGGUUUUGAGCAUUAUGAUCUGUUCUUCAUUGAUGGCAGUACACCAAGUGACAGUAUAGUCCAGAGGUUCCUGAACAUCUGUGAAAAUGCUGAUGGUGCCAUCGCUGUACAUUGUAAAGCUGGCCUGGGGAGAACAGGAACACUGAUUGCCUGUUACAUAAUGAAGCACUACAAGUUCACACAUGCUGAAGCCAUUGCUUGGAUAAGAAUAUGUCGCCCAGGCUCUAUUAUAGGACCCCAGCAACACUUCUUGGAAGAGAAGCAAGCAAUGUUAUGGCGGGAGGGAGAUCUCAUCCGAUCAAAGCAGAAACAGCGAGGAGUUGAUGGAAACAUUAACAGAGUUCUUUGUGGCUUAAAUGACAUUUCCAUCAGUGACAGUCUGAAUAAAGCACAAGACUUGGAUCAAUACAAAGAGAAUGAUUCUGAAGAUAAAGAUGUGGAAGCUCAGAAUGGGAUGACACAGGGAGAUAAGCUGAAUGCCUUAAAAAGUCGUAGACAGCCUUGUUCUGCUACAACAGGAGCUCUGAGGCUGCAAGACAUGAAACUCCACACCAGGUCAAUAUCACAGCCCUUCAGACUGAAUACUUCAGGUAGCACAGAAGGAUCCAUAUCUCCUCUGAAGGCCUCCAGAGUGAUGGCAGUUACUUCAGCAUCUGCAGAAAGAAUAAGCAGACUUUCCACAUCUUCAGGCUCUAACAUUAAAAGCGUUUCCAUAAACUCCAGACUAGCCAGUUCUCUAGGGAACCUGUAUGCUGCUUCAGAUGGUGAUGAGAGCAAAAUGACAUCCUCGUCCUCUAGGACAGGUUUUUCUCUAAGCCAUAUCUCCAGUCACCUGAAUGGCAGCUUGCAGCUGCCACACAGAAAAAACCAUGAACUGAACAACAACUUAUACAACAGAAACAGCAGUAGUGGCAACAACCUGAGCAGCCAGAGCAGUUUUCACAGCGCCGUGACAGAUGAGUACGCACCAGCCUUCCUUUAUGGGCCUUACAGCUCCUCCAGCAUGAUACCAGAGUCCAUUCCUAAGUGGAAGACCUACCCUCUUGUUAACAGCUCAGAUGUGGCACCACUCAACAGUUCAGAAGCCACAUCUCUGUAGCUUGGGAGUGUGAAUUGCUAUUUCUGAGGAUAGAUGACAGUAGGAAAUAAAAUUGUUCCAUUGUGGAAUUAAAUUACAUGUGUGACUGAAAUGUAAUCUGUAUAAACAGAACAUUGAAAUUAGUUGAGGGAAUGUGAUUCUGUAUUCUCUAACUCGGUGGGUUCUUCCUACUGUGGUAGAAUCUGCUUGACUAAUGCAGCUCUUCAGAAUACUUGAUGCUUUCAGACUCCUUGUUUAAAAAACAAAUUGUAGCUUCUUAUCCACUACAAUUUAUCUGGAAAUAAAUGCUGAUAUUCCAUGAUCUUAGAAUCACUGUGCUGCACUGGGUUUAAAAUUGAGUUUAAACCUUAAACAGCAGCAGUAACUUGUUUGCAAGGGAGUUCUUGAAUGUUGUCACAUCUUCACCUCUUUAAUUUGAUUCUGUUUUUCCCUACUACAUGGGAUUGUAAUAAACUAUAUAUAAUUGAGAUUUUUCAAGUAAGGUACAGAAACCAUAACAAUUUUUCUAUGAUGAAACAAGCUCUAGAACAAGAGGACUGUUCUUGACCUAAUUUGGUUUAAUUUCUUCAGGCAUAGAGAUGGAGAGAGAGGUGAAAACCUGUAUAGCAAGCUAGGAAUGUUUGUUUGAGAUACAUUGAUGAGUCUUUCAUUUGUUCAUGCAUUCUGAUUGCUCUGGAAAGUCAUCCUUUUUAGGUGCUCCCAGUCUUCAAUCCAACAUGCUUACAGAAUUUCAGUCCUCAGGAGUUCAGUCCUCUGCUCUUGUUGAUUCUACUGGAACUAAAAGUCAGUAUAUCACCAGAGGGUGAGAGCAAUCACUCAUCUGAAUAAUAAGUGGUAAAUUGGCCGAUUUUAUUUUUUUUAAUGUCUCACUUUCCAUGCUGUCUCAUAUUUAAUGUAUUGAACAAUAAUUCUUUGGCAAGUCAGGCCAUUCCCAUUCUUUUCAGUUGUUUCUUUUGUAAAUUAUAUACUGCCAGCAGCAUUUUUAGAGGGUUUGGUUUUUUUCAUAUUUUACUUACAGCUAUAUAUUAUGCAUAAAGUAUUUUCAUGUAAACUUACAUGCAGCAUCCUAAGGGGAAGAAAUCCUUGUAACUGCAAUAUGACUUAGUCAUGAAAAUAAGCUGACAUCAUUCACAAUAGGCCAGAAUUUACAAGAGUACCAAAUGAUAAUGUAAAGCAUUACAGAAACAGUAAGUCUGUUUUCCUUAAGCAGCUUUAAAGGUUGUAUGUAAAUAUAACAUCUUAAACGCUAACUAUCACCUCCUUUGGAGAGGUGGUUGCUGUACCUUAAUGCUACAAAUGAUAUUUUACAGUGAAAGCCAAGUUAGUGGGUUUGUUCCAUAAGCAUAGGACAGAAAAUUAAGCAUUGAUGACACUUCAGGUUUCUUUUAUGUCUAGAUAGUUACAAAAUUGUAGGAUAGUGCUGUGUUCCUUAAUCAUAUAAACCCUCGAGGUGCAACAUAGUUGACAUUGACACAAAAAUUCCCCAAAUAUAUGUGGGGAGAGGGGGUGGUUUACAAUGUAACUUCAAGAAUUGUAGCAUGCCUUUCUUUGUUAGAUAAGGAUGACUUAGGAAAAGGGAGAAAACCAAUAAAUAUUAGUUACUGUGUAGUUUAAGGAAGAAGAAAGGAGCAAUUCAUGAACAGGUGAAAUAGCCAUGUCAACAGGAGAGAGGUGCUCACAGCUCUCUGCAUUGCAGUGAAGAAGGAAAUUAAUUGUUGUUUCUUUGCAGUAGAACUAUUAAGUGACUUAAAGCAUUAAUUUAAAUGAAAUAUCUUAGGCAUAGUGCAUAGUUUUAGGUUGAAUGGAAAGCAUUUUUAAUGUGAAAAAAAAACCUUUCAAAAAUGCACUAUUCUUCUGCUAUAAGAACAUCUUUAAUUUUCUUCCUACCUAUCUUAAUAACUUAAUAAUGCAUGGAAGGCUAUAAGGGAUAUAAAGGAUGUAACUUUUGAAUAAUUCUUGGCUUGAUAUUGCUUGCUUUUGUGGAGUAGAGGUUAUACACAGUCCAAUGCAGCAAGACCUUUAAAAUUCUUUCUCCAGUCUUCUCUGAAGAAUGAGGUGAGCUGAAAAUACUCUAAUGUAUUCUAUGCUGUGAUGUGAGAAGCAGCAUUUCUUAGAAAGAGUCAUGCCAUGCAAAGUCUACAUAGCAAAGUGCAAGUUUCUGAUUUACCUGUGAAGUAAUAUUCUUUCAAUAUAAUAAUGGCUGAAAAGUGUUCCUGUUUGGAAUGUUUUUCAGAUAUGUUCUGAUUAAUGCAUUUGCUUCUAAAUGUGCCCUGUAGUCCUGUGCAUCCCUCCCAGUCACAGAGGAGUGCACUGAAUUGUUACCCGUUUUAUGCACAAUUGACUGAGUGCAGUCCCUGUGACAUCUUGAGGUUUAAGACAAGAGUAGGUUUUUCAAUCAUUUAAUCUCUGAAUGCUUUCUGUCUGGUAGUGAGCAGCUCUCUGGCAAAUAUACAGGUAGUUUAUUUUGAGGGCAACAAAAUUUUUCUGAAAGAUCAGUCCCACUGAUUGAACAGAGUCAUGCUUAAAACUAUUUCACUUUUAACCUGAAACUUUCUGUAUCUCUGUAUUAUGUCAGUGUUAUAGCCCUUUGUUGUCUUAUUUUCAUGUUGUGGAGUUAUCUCAUGCUACUCAUCUCAACUUGAUUUUCUUUUGAUAAACUAACUUAGCUCAAAAAUCCUUUCGGAAAGGGUUCCAAUUUUUUUUUUUUUUAUAAUCAUUCUGAUCCAGAAUUCUGCUACGCAGUGCUAUCCUGCUUAUAGAUUCUUUUAUUUUUUUUUUUACUGUAAUGUACUGGCAGCUGAGGGCUGGGGGGGAGGAAAAAAAGAGUUGUUGCCAUUGAUGAUAGUGACUUCUUCUGUUUCUUUUAUUUGAGUACUAUGUCCUGAGUUCCUGGAGGAAUUUUUGGUUUGAUUUGGGAUUUUUUUUUUUCAUGUGGAACCCUGUGGAAAAGCAUAAUCUUUUUUAUUUUUAGUUGGUUGGUUGGGGUUUUUUUUUUCCUCCUUCCCCUCCCCUCUUCUUCUGGGACCAAUUAACCCAUCAAGGAAGAUUGGUUUUUCCUUACCACUUCAGCCCCUGCCAUGCAGCUGUUUUGCUUUUGGUGGCACUUACAGUGGUCUGAAGCUCAUCAGCAAAAUAUGAAGUAAUAUCAAGCUACCAGUUAUGGCACAAUUCUUUUAAAAACAAAAUUCUGUUUAAUCAUUCCACUUCACUGCUUUAGAUGCUGAAAUUACUUGAAUUCAUGACAGCCCAGCCUAGGCUUGUUGCAGUGUUUGUGUUCUUUCUAAUUGGAGCACAUCAGGUGAUGUACCUGACAGAAGUCUAUUACAUGUCCUGGUGCUUUGUUUAUUCAUUUAGCUCAUCAAAAUCUUGAAUUAUACUGAUUAAUUCCCUUUCUCUUAAUUGGCAAAAUCUCACCUCCUUGAGUUAGAUAUCAAGCUAACCAGCUGUAAUCAUGCAGUACUUUUAUUUUAGAAAAUCACCUUAUCACUCUUAUCUAUCUUUGUUAACACGAGUGGUUCAGGAGCAUUUUGAGAUGGUUAGGACAGCAAUUUUUCAGUUCUAGUUUAUGUUCACUAAAGUCCUUAGUGAGUUUUUCCUGCAGUAUGGAAGAGAAGGUUAUUCACUGAUUUUUUUUCCCAAUGUUUUGCAGUGAAACAGCAUUAAUACCACCGUUCCACAUUCCACUUAACAAAAAGAAAGACAAAAAAAUAACCAUGACUGUAACUAUUGUUGUCAGACAUGUAUUUUUCUCUAAUGGUUUUUGUCCUUCAUCACUGCAAGCUUAUAAUCCACUUUAUUGUGUUUAUGCUGAUGAACUAGAAGAAAAACUUGAUUUUUCAAAGAAAAAAAAAAAAAACAAACUUGCUGUUCCAGUCAAAGAGAAUAAAUAUUUUAUUUUACAAAGUGUGUGUUUUGAUUAAACAGAAUCUCUCACAAUAACAUUUGCAGAAUUACUCUCUUCAACUGUAAUCACACUUAAGGUACUGCUAUAAGAUUUUUGCUUUGUUCCUACAAUAAUUCUAAAUCAAAAUAUGGCUCUUUAAAAUGUAUUUUUAUUGGAGAAUAUGUAACUGGGUAGUCUUAAGAUGAGUCACCUUUUGCUUCUAUAGCUGUCAUGGAAACUGGCAAGAUGGAAACAUUGCCAAAAAAUUGAGAUGUGUUGGCAGUGUUUUAAAAUUCAUAUACAUCAUCUUUACCUGUAGCAUGGUUUUUCUUAAUUAGAACUUACCAUUAAUGAAGAUAGGACAGGCUUUGCAAAAACCAAACACUAGUGCAUCCUGCUAUGUGUAAAAUUGUGCAGACCCACAGACUUCAUGUGUGUACAUUUUCCCUAAUGCAUCCUGAGUCACUUUAGUGGCUCUUGUGUAUUCCCAGUGGUUCUUGCCUGCAGCAACACUCCUAUUGCAACAGUGUUUUGGGAGAGUUGAUGCACAAAUCUAAAACUUAAGUUACAUUCUUGCAAUUAUCUGUGGGAAAGGGCAUGUUCAAAUCCUAACAAAUAGGUUUAAAUGCUGUAGGGUUAUUCUGUCCUGAAACAGAGUUCAAUUCAGGCUGGUUUGGUCCUGCAGUCACAUGUCAGCAAACAAAAUUCUGGUGCCUCAGUGGAUUUGGACCUGAUUUUCUUUCUCAGAAGGCUUUCUGUGCCUCCUCUUGAAGAAGAAAAAUGGAAGUCAUUUAAGCAGUUAUUUCAGCAUAAACUUCAUUAGGUAUCCUUAGCUAUAGUGAAACUAUCUAAGUUCUUUGUUUAGAUGUCUGCUACUUGGGUGUAAAAUGGCAAGCUUGACAUGGCAUGGGAUCACUGUAGGAAUACACAUUGAGAUUUCUUCUCCAUUAACUGAUUUUAUACUCUCAUCUUGGCAAUUCAGCAGUCAAUUUUCUUUCCUUUUUUUUUUUUUUUUUUUUUGAUUUUUAACUCAAUUUUAAAUAAUAUUUUGUUAAAUCCAGAAAAAUACAUGUGAAAAUGGAUUGGGUUUUUUUGUUUCUAAUAAAGCUUUUCAGCAUAGGCCAUACUUUGAGUCAUGGCAAAUGUAAAUUUUUAAAUAGAAAACUCCUCAAAAGAUUUAAAAGAAAAACUGAAAAAACUACAAUUACAGGCUUUGAAACUUUACAGUCAAUCUCUUCAGACAUGUGAAGAGAUUUGAGAACAAAUGACUGCUCUGAAAACACAAAAAAAAUCAAAGCAGCAAGCCUCUUCUGCUAUAUUUAAAUUUUUCAAACUCAAAUGCGAGUCUGUAUACUUUGCAGUAGCUCAGUUGUUACAGGUAUCACCAUGUUUCUAGUGAUAGAAAUUUAUGUGAAGUCACACAGAUUAAUCUGAAAAAAAUGCUGUUUAGAUUUAAUUAUUUCCCUGUAUUCAGAAAAGACUUUGAACAUUAGGAAAAAAUCAUGGGGAUGUGAAGUAGAGAUAUGAUGAGGGUGGGAACACACUGAGAAACAUAUUUCUCCAUUUGAAAGUAAAUAAAUUGUGCCUACCAAUCUGUAAGGAAAAUUACCAAAACAUGCUAUCCUGUUUCCAAACAAUAUAUGCUGCUGGAUACUUGGGGAUUUUUUAUGUGGGUUUUUUUUUUCCCCUUAUUUUUUGUAAACUUGGAUUGCUAACAAUUUUAUGAAUUACAGUUUAAACUUCAGAAUCUUUAAUUUAUGGUUUGCUUCUUUCAUUGAAAUCAUGAUGUAGAAUUCCUGGUUACUGCUGUCUGCUGAGUGAAGGGCUGGUGUUUUCAGUUCUUCGUAACUAACACUUGCUGGUUUUAAGAGUGUAAAGUGCUUUCUGGUCAUCUUUCAUCUGUCCAAGCUUAAAGUAAUCUAUUGCUGUACAACAUAUGAGAGUAUAUAACUACACGUCCUGCCUUUUUAAAAUGUUUAUUAAUCACCUUUGUUUGGGAUUCAGUUUUGAUGGAUCCAUUUCAAAUAUUGCACUAAUUAACCAUCUUUCCAGUUGUUAAAAUGCACUUCUGAAAAUGAGAAGCCUUUGAGGAUCAUUAAGAGAGAAAUUUCAAGUGCUCAUUAAUGAAGGCCUAUUCCUUCUGCUUUGCUCUUACUAAAACCAGACCUUUUUUAGUCAAUAGUAUUCAAAUCUAUAUGUGACAGCACUUUUUCUACCUAGGAUAGAAUAUCCAGAUGGUCUCAAAUCUUGAGAUGGGAAAAUGCAUUUAAAAGACAACUUUGAAAAUAUAAACUGAGACUUAAAAUAUAGGGGGAAAAUAGUUGUGUUACAUUAGCUAUAGCAAUAGCGAUAUACAGAUAUAGAGCUAUAAAGAUAUAUAUAAAUGUAUUAUGCACUAGUACUGACAGGUUUUAAUAUGGGUGCCAAAGAGCAUUUUCUGUAAUGACUAGUUAGGAAUAGUAGGAAAAUAGAAGAGAAGAUUGUGAGAGUCCAGUCUGUCUUAGGAGUCAUGUUGGUCUCCAGUAGUUCGCUCUAAUUCUGAAGAAUUGAUGCAGUUUUAAAAUACCUUUGCUGGUUUUACUUGCUCUUUAUUUAUAACCACACUCCUCUGGGACAGCUCAUCACUGUACAAGAUUUAUAUUCAUCAGAAUGACUUCUUAAUCACAUCUGUAUAGGAGCUAGUAAAAUGAUUGGAUACUGUAUAAGCUGAUUAAUCAGUUUUAUUAAAAAUUUAGACUUCAGUAGAAACUGAAAUGUAAAUACAUACAAUAAAGCUGGUUCUGAUUUUUCUCUUAAUUAUACAGACUUGUUACUAAUCCAGAUGAACUAUUUGCAGUGCUUCAUUUUCAUCUGGUUUUGGUAGUCAUACAAAAAUUUAUCCAUCUGUGUAAUUACUGAUGUAGUUUUUUUCCUCAAUAAUGAACUACAGUAUGUGUUUUCUAUAUCAUUAUCUGGAUCAACAUCUAAAGUAAGCUGACUUUUACGGUAGCAGUUGGAUUCUCAUUCAGAAUAAGUGGAAACAAUUCAAUUACAGUAGCAGUGGUAUUUUAAAGGACUUGCAACACUUUAAUUUAGAAUCUCAAGAAACUGGUUUGGAAAAGUAAGUGUAGAUACAGCAAAGUUGAUGCAUUUUAAUCAGAUUUUAAUUUCUUCUAUUUUAUUAAUCUUUACCUGUGUAGAGAUUCAGGUCCCUCCCAACUCUGUUUGUUUAUUUUUCUCCUUUCUGCCCUUCCUCUACUCUUUAAGGGAAAAAUAUAUGUUACAUAUAAAUAAAACCUCUCCAGUGAGUUUUAAUCAGUUUUUCUUCUCUGCACAGUCCCUUCAGUCUGAGUAUGUUCAGUACUAAAGCCUUGCUGCUUUGGUGAAACCUGCUGAGCUCUUCAAAUCAAUGUCCUUCAUGAUGGAGAAGAUCUGAAGAGAAGAAGCUGCUCAUUGAAAGGAGGAACCUUCAAUACAAGAUACAUUAAUUCCUGAACACCAAGAGGAGACUUCUUAACAGGCAGAAAAUUAUUGUUAAUGACUACUGCAGAUGCACUGAAGUUGAAUUUAUGGAAAUUACUACCCCAUGUUGUAUACAAAUUUAAAUUUUUUAUGUUGAGACAGUUGAAUAUAUUUCUAAUGAGUUUCAUUAAGACAUUUAUUAACUUGUGUACAGUGUUAAAAUAUGUAUUAAGAGAAUAUUUUGGUAAACUAUAUAUAAAAGUUAUGUAAAAACUAGAGUAUAUUUUAAUUUAGGGUCUACUUUGCUACAAAAGUGUGUAUUUUAAAGAAUUUGUACAUGUUUAUCAAAGAUGUAAUUUUUUUUAUGAACAAGAGAUUUUUCUUGUUUUAUGCGUCCAUCAUUAUUCCUUAGAGCCUAUUGUAAUUUACUUUUUUACUAAUUGGUCUUCUGGUAAUUUGAUGAAAGUCUUAACUAGUGAGAGAUUUGUUAUUACAAUGUCAACUAAAAGCACUUGAUCCAUAGUCUGCUUUCCACUUCUGGCUGCUACCGUUUCUUAAGGAAACACAAUGAAAGAAAAAGAAAGGGAAAAUAUUUGUUGAGAUGUGAUGUAAUUACAUCUUCUACUGCAACAAAGAAGUAAUUUAUGUGAUUACUCAAUUGUACAAUUAACACUCUUUCAAUUUCUUAUGUUUUGUUUUCAAUGUAGAGUGUUAACUUUUGCUAUGCAAUAUAUGCUGCAAAAAAUGAAGGCAGACCAAACUGAAGUUGGUAGAAAUGUACAAUGAAUUAGGUAGCAAUGCAUACUCGCAUGCUUUUAACCUACAUUUGGCAGUAUGUGUACAAUUUCCUUGCCAACACACAGUAUGUGUUGGACAUAUAUUAAAUUUUUAUCUAUCAAUUGGAUGCUUCAUAAACUUUAUGUUUGUUGUAAGCAUAUGGCUGAGGUAGCCUCCUGUAUCAUGGAAGGGUUUUGUUAUAGUAAAGAUGCUCUUUACUCUGUGGAAUGUACAGGUCAGUCAGAUGUGAUUAGGAAUGAGGCUUAGGCUGAAAUGGUGUUACAGGGAGGUACAGGAUCAUGUGUAAAUUUUUCAGAACUCACAAAUGCAUGGUAAGGAAAAGAAUAUAAGCAACUGUGAGGACUUUAUUUGCCCCUCAUGUACAAGACAGAAACAAAACAGAUUUGUUACCUGUUUCUUUUUCAAAAUAUGUGCAGAAACUUGAAAAUAAAACUUAGUUGAAUUGUCAGUCUUUGUUCCUGAAGACCCUGCAUUUGCUUUACAACAGAAGUUAAGUGCUACAUCAUUUUUUAAAAGAUGAGAUCACAAAUUGCUAUGGAAAAUUGUACUGAAAGUGUUCAAUAGCAAUACUGAGAGCAGCUAUAAAAAUCAAAAUCACUAAAUAAAAUUUACAUGCAAUACUGUAAAUUUUUGCAACUGUGUAUAUGUAAUAUAUACACACAAAGUAGCAUAUGUGUAUCUAUAUACAAUACACUGUAUAUGUACUAUAGAUUAAUAAGGUAAUUCUACCUCUCAUAAAGAAUUUUCUCAUUUACUUUGUUAUAAAUAGUUUUUCUUAAUAAAAUGCUGAUUAAUUAAUUUUGAAAUGUAGAUAUAUAUAUAUACAGCUAAUUGAUAAUAAAAUGCCUGUAUAAGCCA